CCUCUACUGACUUCUUUGUUUACAAAACAAAUUUUGUUUUGCUUGGCUGAGUUUUAUUAUGUACUUAUUUUGAUAUCACCUAAAUAUUUUGAAUUUGCGCAGUAGAAGGUGCAGAAAAUGUAAGCCAGUCAUUCAAAAACGCUGAUUAUGAAGUAGUGUAUUAUCAACGCGCAACGUAUGGUUGAAAGAACAACAGCCAAAGUGUUUGCCACAUAAUACAAAGACAAACCAUUCAGCAGCAUACUUAAUGCAGUUCCAGACGCUAUACGCAAAUAUUUUUGCAAACCCAGCUGGCAAGUGUACAUUGUGCGCGGACGUGUAGCGACGUGGGUUGUGGAAAUCGUAGUGGUGGUGAUACACAGUGUACAUUGCAACAUACAUAUAUUCGUUUUAGAUUUGUUAACUGACUCGCUGUGUUUGGUGGCUGUGUACGUGAGGCCAAAAGUAAAUGCGAAACGUUUGUUGCAGCAAAAGUGCCAGACAGCUCGGUUUAGUUGUACAGAGACAGAUUUUCGAUUUUUGUCUGCUAUAUUUUCUUUGGAUUUCUAAAAACUUUUAGAUAUUUGAAAGUGUUCCUUUUAACAUUUAGUGCGUUCCUAUUCGUUAAUGUGCAAGUCCAAUUUUUUAAAAUGUAUUUUAUAACAAGUUUAUGCAAAUUUUAUAAGUGAAAAAGCUUGCAAAAGUAUAACACUGGGGUGUAGUGAGUAAUUUAAAACAAAUAAAGCGAAAAUUCCCUUUUGAUUUCAUCAUAACGGAAGUGUUGUAAUUUAUAAGUGUAAUACUAAAUAAACGCGACAAGAUGUCUUUGGCCAGCGCUGCAGGGAUUUUACUGAAACCACAGACACCAUUACAACAAUUGCUAGAGGAUAUCAAUUUUCAACGCACCAAGGAAAUGCGACAAUUGCUCAAAGAUGAUAGCGGUUUUGUUGUGCUCCAAGGCACUACGUAUUGGACAGAUUUGUUUGUACGACAUUUUCUAUUUCAAACCGAACCAGUACACAGCAUAGAUUCCGAUGAUUUGCUAUUCUUCGUACGUAAAAAACACGUGAAAAGUUCUUCCCGACAUAUGCCAAAAUAUGAGACAGAAGUUGAUGUCUUUCGUAAGGACUCGCGUAAACUACCAAUUGGUGAUCCGGACGUCGAUUGGGAGGAGACGGUCUAUUUGAAUAUGGUCAUACAUCAAUUCGAUUAUACACUUACAUUAGCUAUUUGUACACGCACAUCGCCAAAGGAAUUGCAAGUGUUGAGACGUCACUCGCAGCGUGUUUAUGCAAGUCCUAGUCGUCGAAAAAUGGAUACCAAAGGUGAAGGCGAGGAGAUCACAUACCCGCAUAUCUGCUUUAUGGUGGACAAUUUCGAUGAGGUUUUCAGCGAUAUUUUAGUGCGCGAUGGUGAAAUGGUGUGCGUGGAAUUGGUUGCCAAUGACAAAGAUGGUUCAGUGCAAGGCGUCAUAUUUCUUGGCUCCAUACGCUAUGAUGCGCUCAAAAAGGUCUACGAUGCGCGGCAAUCUAGUCUCAGCUCAAAAGUGGCGCAACGCAUGUCCUUCGGUCUGUUCAGCAGCGGCGCCGGUGUACAGACGCGUUGUGAAUUUGUGCGCAUGAAGGGACCACAAGGCAAGGGACAUGCCGAAAUGGCUGUUACAAAACCCAAAGGUUCGGGCGUAGAGACGCCCACCAGCGAACCCGGUUUUUGUGCCACCGACAUGUGGGAUGACUGGGAGGAGGAAAAUGACGACUAUUGCACAUAUCGUCAUCAACGUCGUCUUAGUGAUCCCAGCGCUAAUUUAAAUAAUUUCUCACGUUACGCUUGGCGUACAAAAGGCGCAACCGAUGCGGUGGGCGGCACAGCGGGCGCUAAGGCGCGUUCAGAGAAUGAAGGACUCGAUUCGUUGGCGAAUGAGGUGUCCGAAAUUGAAGCUGGUGACUUACGUGAUGAUCUACGUCCUGCUUUCUCGGCAUCCGAGGCAAAACUACAUCUCAAUCCGAAUUGUGUGGCAGCUAAUGCGGCUGCAGUUAAGCUACCGAUUUCACCCGAAACCGAAGUGAAACACAACAGCAACGUACAAGAGCAAACGACAAAUGCUGUUCGAGUGGACAGUGUGCCUGUCGCUGAGGCUGUGGAAGCCACUGCGGUGACCUCGCCCAACUCGAAUGCCAGCACCACCGGUUGCAGCAACUGCUUUGGCGGAAAAAAGUGUAAACGUUGGGUGGGCGUAUCAAGCGAUAAGCAUACACCGGAAAUGUCCGAAGUCUAUUGUCCCACAUGUGAUGAUGCGGCCAAUGAGACGCCGGCAUGUCUCAAUAAAAUGCCCGACAAGAAGUCCAAGCCAAAACAUAAAACCAUACUGAGUGUUGAAAGCGAGUUGGUGGUGAGCAAGAGAGGUAGUCUACGGUUGACAGGCGGCGCACAGACACAAAAGACCGUCGUGCGUAGCGCCUCACUGAGCGCAGCGGAUCGUAAGCCGAAGCGCACGACCAGUCCAGCAGCCGAGAAGAAAGAUAAGGCUAAAAUAAAAGAUAAAGAGAAGGAUAAGGAUAAGUUUAACAAAACUACGAAUUUACUUGCCAAGGUUUCACCCAAACGCAUCCGGUCCAAAAAUGGCACAGCCACCACAACAAAAACCAAGAACAAUAAUACACCAAAAGAUACGAAAGACACCAAGCCGGUGAAGGAGUGCAACAGCAAUAACAACAGCACUGUAGCGCAAACUACCACACAGCAAGCUGAAGAAUAUGAAAUAGCCGACGAUGCGACCUCAUUGAAUGGCAGUACGGCGGAAGCGUCCGAAGCCAAAAUGGCUAUACUGAGCGAGCAAGACACUAAACUUAUGAUAAAUGUGCGCGGUCGCGAAGAACUGCCCGUUGUAGAGCAGCGUUCACCGCCGAACACGGCCGAGCUGAAUGCACCCAGUAGUGCCGCUAGCAGUGUCCACAGCAAUCCAUACAGUUUCGAGAAGUGUGUACGUGUACCUGUAAAAACAGAAAGCCAUCCAUUGCAGCAGCAGCAGCCGCAGUCAGUCAGUCCAGAGCUGCACGGCGGCGCUGCCGCUGCUGAAACUUUUGAUAAUAAGCGCGACAAUAGUAUUUCGCCGACAGUCUCAGCCACAACAAACACAUCAAAAGCAAUAAAAAACACAAAACUACAGUUGGAUACUCAAAGUGCAGCCGCAGCCGCUGCGGCCAACGAUCUCAGCGAUUGUAACGGCAAUUGCCACAUGUUGUCGUCGCCGCCGCCGUCUUCAUCGAGUGCACAACGUUCGCCGAUUUCGCCACCGCCCAUAGGGUCGGUAGCCAGCGGCGGCGUCGAGAACGGCAGUGUAAGCGAUGGCGGCGGUGGCGGUACGGGCAGUAGCGGUGAGAAUGGUCAUUCGCAUGCGACAUUGCCGCGUGCCAAACGCAGCGCUGCACAGCAUGCGUUCUAUCAACGCGCUAUCAGCUUGGUGCCAAAGCGACGUACACCGGAUGGCACCAACAUUUAUUAUUGGUGUGAUCUGCCGCGUAAAGCGCUCAAAGAAUUAGACGACGGCGCCUACAAUCCACUAUGGGCCAGUCGCGGCUUCACGCAAUCAUUCCACUUUUGGAAGGAGAAUCGUCGGCAACAGUCCACACCGCUCAAUGCAUUCCUCACAUAUGUGACACUGCCUUGGUGGAGCAUUGCUAAAGAUCUGCUGGAUCAUCGUGAAACGCCCAUACUAACCUUUUAGUAUUAAAUUUAUUAAUUUAUUUUCUUAUUACUAUUUAUUGUUAUUUUAUAUAAAACAAACUACUCUUAAAGCUACUUUUUAUACAAUUACUUUCAAAUAUUUUGUACUUAUUUUGU